AUGGAGUCAAACGAACAGAAUGAUGGUUCCGAUGAAGAUUACGAAGCGUUUGAAGUGGAAGAUUUGGACAACGGCGAGGAGGGGAAAGGCGCAGAGGGCUACACUCGAAUGAACGAUGUGUAUCGGAAAGUGCAGGAUCCACAAGACCGCAGGCUGCCAUUUGGCUCAGGGUUGAACGCGGCGCACCGUGGAACUCAAAGCCUUGCAAGGCAGUGGGGUGAUCGGCGGUGCAGGAUGGGUAUUGGUCGUGAUUCCCGCCACAAGCACUACAAGACCGGCGGAAGGUCCAAGACCUCCAUCAAGAAGAGGAAGUAUGAGAUGGGACGCCCUGCCACUCCCUGCAAACUGGGUGCCAAGCGCGUGCGCUCCGUGCGCUGCCGUGGUGGCAACAUGAAGUACCGGGCCCUGCGUCUGGACGCUGGCAACUACGCCUGGGGUUCCGAGAAUGUCACCAAGAAGGUGAGGAUCCUUGAUGUGGUCUACAACUCCACCAGCAACGAGCUGGUUCGUACCAAGACCUUGCUGAAGAACACUGUCGUGCAGAUUGAUGCUCACCCUUUCAUGCAGUUCUACCAGAAGAAGUACGGCCAGGACCUGGGCAAGAAGAAGAAGGGAGCUGCAGGCGAGAAGACCGAGAAGGAAGAGGUAAAGGUGUCCCGGCAUGUCCUCUACAAGCAGAAGGCUCGCGCCGCCAGGCAAAAGCUGGACUCCCUGCUCGAGGAGCAGUUUCAGAGCGGCCGCCUUUUGGCUUGCAUCGCCUCUCGCCCCGGGCAAUGUGGACGUGCAGAUGGCUACGUCCUGGAGGGCGAGGAUGAUGGUGAGGUGAGCAACCUACCGGAGGCGGACUCACCAAAGGAGCUGACUUCAACUUCCAAGAGUGAGCAGGGCAAUGCUGCAGUGAGCAAUGCAGCUGCAGAAGUGGCAGAACCAGCUGUGGCACCCGCUGCUCAUGCAGAAGUGCCCGAGCAGGGCAAUGCUGCCGUGAGCAAUGCCGCGGCACCGACUGAACCAUCCGUGGCACCUCCACCAGUGCUUGAGCAGGGAAACCUUGCCACGGGCGACGCUGCGAGCUCGCCAGUGCAAGCUGCACCAGCUCCCAAGGGCAAUCUGCCGCCUGCGGAAAGUGCCGUGUUGCCACCGAUUGCCCCUCCAAGUGAAAGUCCGAAGGAUGACGAGACGAAAAAGGCCCAGAACACGCUGCCGCCGAUCAAUGGAGCACUGCCGGCACAAAGUCCAAAGCAGGAAGCACCAGCGGGCAAGUCAGAAGAACCACUGCCCCCCAUAGAUGGCGAGGCCCCGGCGCCUUCUGAUUCGAUAUUGGACACAGUAGCAGAUGCCUUGGUGGAACAUGCGGAACAGGCUGGUCCUGAGGCUUCCCAGGCCAAGGCUCAGAAGGAGCUGCAGCCUGAACGAAAUGAGAAGGUCCUUGAGGCUGACAAAACGCAGCCAAACACCACGACUUCACAGGAGCCCACAGAAAUGCCAGAAAAUGGCCAGGCUGCAGAAGCAGCCGAGGAAGCCCACGAGCCUCAAGAGGAAGAGGACACCGAGGAGCCGCAGAUCCUCAUUACCCCCAUUGUUGUGCCACCAGAGAAGGCCGGCGCUUCAUCACCGCGAAAGAAACUAGACAUGAGGAGGAGAGCCAAUGCCAGCAACGCUGGCAGCGGUCCAGGAGGCAUAUCUCCCCUGCUGGGUCUGCUGGGUCUGCUGGGUCCUCUGUCCAGGACAUCCAACAACGGCCAGUGGAGCGAAUACGGUGGGGAAACCAAGGUGUCAGAAUGA